AUGCUUUCUUUGCGUUACAAGUCCAGACGAGUCGAACCGAGGGGAAGGCCCCUAUCGACUGUACGUACAGCUGGUCACUUACUGGGGCAGAAGGCGCAGCACCACGAUCCUUCUGCAGACUUCGCAGUUCGUAAUCAAUCGAGCGAUACAUCACAGCAGACCGCAAGUGCUCCAGCUAAGCAGCAUCAGCAGCAGCAGCGGCAGGCGGCUGUUGACACUGUGUGUGCACCUGAUGCUGCACCGAGGGCUGCACAUGGCUCCGUCGGGGAGAGCCCACACGGCAGUAAGAGCAAGAAGAAGAAGAAGAAGCAGAAGAGGCAUUCAACUGGAGAAGACCGAGGAGACGGCGAGAGGGGCAUGAAACGCAUGCGUUUGAACUCGGAAACGAAGACAAACUCGAACCAACUGGCAGCCCAGGAAAUCAACUGUGAGGAGUUACCUCCUUCUCAGUACCAUGCAGGCUACAGGGCGCAAGUGCGUCGAUGGCCGUUGAAUCCUUUAGACUACGUUGCGGCUUGGUUGUCGAAAAGGCCGGAGGAAUGGAUAGUCGGCGACUUCGGCUGCGGAGAGGCUGCUCUCGCUUUGCGUUUUCCAGAGAGUCUGAUGGGUCAGGACUGGCCGGCCUUCUUGAGGGAGGCACGCAGAGUCCUCAGGAGGAGCGGCUAUUUGAUCAUAGCCGAGGUCACUUCUCGCAUUGAAUCUUUGUCUAAGUUUGUCGCCGCGGUCGAGAGUAUAGGGUUCAGAAACACCAAGCAGAUGCUAGAGAAAGAAGAUGAAAUGCAGGAAAAAGCUCACCAAAAAGAAGCAGACGGUCCACGGGAAGGCAGUGGCAACCAGCAACGCAUUCGCCAAUGCCUGUAA